AUGGAGGCAGAGCUCAGCUGGGAUAAAGGGUCAUCAGCUCUGGAUUGGAUUCGCCGACAAUUGCUGGAGGAUGGUGAUGAUUUCGAUGUGGCAGCUUCAUCAUCGUCAUCGUCAUCGUCAUCAUCUGGGCCGCCAAGAGGAGGGGCAAAUUACAAGGGAGUAAGGAGAAGACCAUGGGGGAAAUACGCGGCAGAGAUCAGAGAUCCCAACAAGAAGGGUGCCAGAAUAUGGUUGGGGACCUACGAGACGGCCGAUCAGGCAGCCUUGGCGUAUGACCGGGCAGCUUUUAAGAUGCGAGGCUCUAAGGCUAAGCUUAACUUUCCUCACCUUAUCGGCAUUGACAAGGCUGAGCCUGUCAGGGUGACUAAACGCCAGCGUUCAUCUUCGCCGGAGGAGCCCACUUCUCCUCCGCCAGCUAAAAGGCGAAACAACACUAACAUAAUUAACCUAAUGGCUAGACUUCCUUCCCUCGGAUUAAAGCUCUCUGUAAUUCAAAAGCACCUACAAUGA